UAUCGCUUUUUUUUUCAGUUUCGUACACUUUUGUAAUAAUAAUACUUUUCUUUCUGUAAGAAGAGAGAUUGAUUUUGUCCUUGUAAGAAGAAGAAGAAGAAGAAGAAGAAGAGAGAUGCAGAGAGGCCUUUGCUAAAGAGAAUAUCCAAUCGACAGCUUCUCGGAUUCAGAUGGCAUUAUGGUAAUAUGAUUAAGUUGAGAUUCUGGUGGGGACUAAGCCAAUCUGUUAUAGUUCCUAAUGGGGAUAAGGUACUUGCAAGUCUCGGUGGCAUCAACUGCUCUGAGCUUUGUGGGGCUUCAAGUCUGGACAGAGCUGUCUCUGGCUGGGCUUAGAGAAGAUGGGCUAAUAGCCAAGAACAUUUCUUUAGGAGACGACUCUGAACAUGCGCUUGAGCUGCUUCUGGGUUCUUACUUUACAAUCGCCCUGCUGACAAAUUUUGUGCUCAAUGUGUAUGUUCUUCUGCUACUUUCUCUCAAGACUUUGUUUUUUGGAGAUUUAUACGGCGCUGAAGCUAAAAAGUUGGUGGGGAGACUUGCCAAUUACAUCAUUUACAAGGGUAUAUUUCUGCCGCUGGUGAUUCCCGCAACAAUAUUUCAGGGUGUACUGUGGACAGUUUGGCUUACUGUUCUAUGCACUUUAAAGAUGUUUCAAGCUUUGGCUAGAGACCGGCUUGAACGAUUGAAUGCAUCUCCUUCUUCUACACCGUGGACUUACUUUCGUGUGUAUUCAGUGCUCUUCUUCGUUCUCUCUGUUGAUAUGUUGUGGAUAAAGCUUUCCCUUAUGACAUACAAUACAACUGGCUCUUCUGUGUAUCUGUUGUUACUUUUUGAGCCAUGCAGUAUAGCUUUUGAGACCUUGCAGGCGCUGUUAAUUCAUGGGUUUCAACUGCUUGAUAUGUGGAUCAACCACUUAGCAGUGAACAACUCGGACUGCCAAAGAUCUAAGUUUGUCGAUUCCAUGACAGCAGGUUCACUGUUGGAAUGGAAGGGCCUCCUCAACCGAAACUUUGGUUUCUUUCUGGACAUGGCUACGUUGGUAAUGGCACUAGGUCAUUAUUUGCAUAUCUGGUGGCUGCAUGGCCUUUCCUUUCAUCUAGCGGAUGCAGUUUUGUUUCUCAACAUACGUGCAUUGCUCAGUGCAAUUUUGAAACGAAUGAAAGGAUACAUCAAACUGAGAAUAGCUCUGGGCUCUCUCCAUGCAGCCCUUCCUGAUGCAACUUCUGAAGAGUUACGGGCAUAUGAUGAUGAAUGUGCUAUAUGCCGGGAACCUAUGGCUAAAGCUAAAAGGCUUCACUGCAACCACCUUUUCCAUCUUGGAUGCCUGCGAUCCUGGUUGGAUCAAGGUCUAAAUGAGGUUUAUUCUUGUCCUACAUGUCGUAAACCUCUUUUUGUCGGUAGAACUGAAACUGAGGUGAACACUAGAACAGUGGAAGUCUCAACUGAUGAGCAGUUAGCCCGUCAGCUUGAAAGACAAGACAAUCCUGGGCAUCCACUAGCCACUGGAUUGUUUCCUCAUGAGAUGCCAAACUCCAUUGAAAGUGAUCCUUCAAGGAACUUAGGAUUGGAUCCAAGCUGGCUACAGACAUGGUCAGGUCAGGGUGUUGAUGUAGCUGGUCCCUCUACGGCGUCUAGGUCCGUUGGACUGGGGCGGGUUCAGAUGAUGAUGAGGCAUCUUGCAUCUGUUGGGGAAAGUUAUGCUCAAACUGCACUUGAGGAUGCUGCUUGGAGUUUAUGGCCGAUGAACCCUUCACAAGCAUCCAGUUCUUCUACAACCUUGCGUCCUCUAGGUGCUGGUGGAAGGACAGGUGGUCUGCAUUUAAGUACUGUAUCAAGUGGAGCAAAUGAAAGCUUGGCAAGUAUACUAGCUAUGGCCGAGACAGUGAGGGAAGUCAUGCCACAUGUGCCAGAUGAAAUUAUUUUCCAGGACUUGCAGAGAACAAACUCUGUUGCUAUUACAGUGAACAAUCUUCUCCAGAUGUGAUGAUAGUUUGACCACUUGCUGCACUUCCAUUUCAACCUUAUAGAUUUACUUUACGUUUACGUUUACACAACACUCAACAUUCCAAGCUUCACCCGCUGUAAAUAGGAGGCGUUGUGCAUAUAGAGAAGAAGAGUCUCUAGUGUAUGGCUUCUGUUCAUUGCUCUCUUGCAGAAAAUAAAGUUUGGAUAUAUACACAAGGUGUUAUGUUGCUAUGGCUCGGAGCCAUUGGCUCCUGUAUAAGAAUAUGUAAUUUACGAUAAAAUGAAGUUAAUUAAAGAGUACUGUUGUUAUUGAUCCAA